AUUGGCCUGGGCCAGCCGCAGAGAGCCGACACCGGCUCCCAGGACUGGGUCUUCCCAGACAAACAGCGCCGGAUCAGCGCCGUGUGUGAGAUGCUGAGACUCGGAUGCGAUGAAGAUGUUUUUGGAUGUUCUUGGCCAAGACAUGGACUUCAGCUGAGGGACGGGAUUUGAUGAUACUUUAGCGUCCUGCUCGGCGUCAACAUGAAUCGGCACGCCUUCGCGCCCCUUCCAGCCAGACCCCCGGCCUACACACCGAUGGGAUACCAGGACAGAAAUUCAUCUUUUCCAUCUUUCCAGUUCGGCCUGCAGCCUCUCGGACGAACACAGAGGCCGUACUUUGACAGUGCCUUUCACGGAGCAGCACAGAAGUCCUCCAGAUCCGCAAAAAGAAGAAGCAGCAGCAGUUGUCUUCAUGUCUACAUUGCAUGGAGGAUUUAUUACCACAAACAACUUAAGAAAAUGCAUCAGAAAUACCACAGUCUUCCUCAGGAGACGGUGAUGAAAUGUCCAAUCACAAACCUGCUAGACUUGGAACAACCUAAAGAAACCCAGCCCUCCUGCAGACGCCCAUAUUUAGAUUCUGCGUUUAGAAGCACAGCAGGAAGAGAAAAAGCAAUAAAUGCCGGCCAUAACCCAAGCGAUCAACCGGAACCUCGCCCAUCUACACUUGCUUUCCGCCCCAAUGAGAAAGCGGAUCUGGAGAGACCCGAGAGCUGCCAAACCAACCUGACGAGUGGCUCCCUCGACAGGAAGCGGCACCUGGGGAGCUGCAGCUCUGACGGCGUGAAGAGGCUGAAGCGGGAAACGGAAGACGAGCGGCCUGACCCGUCUUUAUUCACCGCACCUUGUACAGACCCUUCUGCAAGCAGGGUCUGCACAUGCGUUUCUCACCCGGGUGCAGAGCUGCAUCCCUACCAAACUGCAUCCUGGGAGCAAACGUGGAGCCACAGAGUGGAUGUCCACCUGAGGCAGAAAGUCUUCAAAGAGUAUUUCUGUGAGCGGUUUCUGCCUACGUUGGCACCUCAUGUUUAUUUUCCUCUGGACUCUGUUUACCUUCCAGACCAGAACACGCUCCCGUCGUUUCUGUCCCUGCUGUAGAGCAUAACUCUCAUUCUGGCUUUUUUUCCUCUGGACUUCUAAAAACCAGAGAGCUGAUUGUUUCUACAACAGAGAAUGCUUGUAGUCCUUAAUCUGAUCUGUAAAUGUUUUUGAUGACACGUCAUUCCUCUAGAAACCAGGUUUCUACAACGGCAUUUUAAGGCAAUAGAGAGCCAAAAAAACACAAACCUUUUUUCUUUUUUUUAAGAUGGUCUCAGAAAUUUUCUAGAAAAAGUUUGAAAUUUACUACAAAACAAACUUGGAGUUUUCAAAAAUGGAGAACUUUCAACCAUUGACAUUUCCAAGUUUUCCAAAUUUCUAGAAUUUUUUAAAAGAUCUACAAUGGUCUUGAUACGCCGUAGUAGUUUCUGAUUGAGUUUUAAUUUGUUUUAAAAUAUCACUCUUAAGUUGUAAAGACACCCAUGGACAGCUGGCUAAGAACACAAAUAUUAACCAGGAAUUCCCAUGCAUUGCAUUUCAUGGGUUCUUUGUUUGUUUUGUUUUAUUUACUUAUUUGAUUAUGAUUUUAAUACAUUUAUUCAGUUUUUUUUUGUUGUUUUUUUUUAAGCCCAACCAGUUGGGUCACAAAUCCCUCCUAGCAUAAGGCAAGUUUCUACAUUUUGCUAAUGG